CACCGCGCCAUCGAGGCGGCUCUUAAUCGACCAUCUAUCUAGCUCAAACAGCCUAUAAUAGAGGCCUCUCGGAUCUUCAUGCCACUCUAACUGCUUCACAUGCCUUCCGAGCUUGCUCUGGGUCCACCUGGCGGCGGCCCAUGCUUAUCAACAAAACCAGCAAAAGACCGACGAUGGCCCGCGUCGGCGGUGGGUGGUGGUGGUGCUGCUGUAUCUCGUCGCUGGAUGCUCUGAUUGCGACGCUGAAGUGCUCAAGCGAAAACUCGGGUCUCUCCCAGUGCUGCACGACUGAAAAAAAACACAAGGUGGGCCAGCAGGCUUGUGAGGUGAACAGCCCCACAGCUCUACCAGGAAACGGAGGAGGAAGAGGAGACCCUCUGNUCGGUGCACGUGCCCGUCGAACGGGAGGAAUGACCCGGUCGGGCAGGAAACGGAGGAGGAAGAGCCAACGCCCAGACUACUUCCUAGCUAUUUUCGCCGAGAAAGAAAGGAAGGCAGAGUUUCGCCAAUGCAGUAAAUGCAAGUACCGGAAAUCGGACAGGAGCCGCGUAAGGUGGUAUCCCAUGGAUGCUGCAGGAGAUCAUGUCGCGGAGGGUAAUGCGAUGGUGAGUGAUGGUGAUUGGUGGUGCGGCCGUUGCUACCAGAGCCGGUUGAACGGCAUGAAGAGAGACGACAAACCGACAGAGGAACAAGCGGGGGACGAGGCGCNGCGCCGACGCUUCUAGAGCCUUCGAGCACGGUGCGCAGGAUGAUGGAUGACGUCCUCGGUCGAGGUGAGAUCCUUUGCUGGCAGAACGUCGCCGGUUGGCUAGCUGCUGAACGCGCGAAGGUUGGCAUGGGGGAGAUAACGGGGAAGUACGCACGACAACUCGUCCUGGACUUGUUUA